UACUUCGGCGAGCUUUUGGAUGGUCUGGAGUAUUUGCAUAGUCGUGGUGUCGUGCACAAAGAUAUUAAGCCGGGAAAUCUCCUACUCGCCACAGACGGAAUGCUGAAGAUUUCAGACUUCGGUGUCGCGGAGGUUUUGGACAGGUUCGCUCCUGAUGACACCAUCAGCGUUAGCCAAGGCACGCCUGCGUUUCAGCCGCCGGAAGUUGCCAUAGGACUUGAAGCGUUUCCGGGGUUCAAGCUGGACGUGUGGUCUAGCGGUGUGACGCUGUUCAACCUCGUCACAGGGGAAUAUCCGUAUUACGGUGACAAUGUGUUCCAACUUUAUAAAAGCAUUGCGGAAAAGGAGCUGGCAUUGCCCGCCAAUUUGGAUGAAUGGCUGUGUCAUCUCCUUUCGGGGAUGCUCAACAAGAAUUUCGAAACUCGCCUGUCAGUUACGGAGAUCAAGCGACACGAGUGA